AUGUUCAGAUUCAUCCUCGUUGCUGUUCUUCUGCCGCACAUUCGCGGAGAGGAUGGGGUUCCAAGGACUCGUCGCGAAAUCGAAGGAAAUCGUUACUGCGACUUCGAGGAAGCUCGGAGGAACUACAACGCCACUGAUUUAUUGCGGUGUAUCGACGAAUUGGCAAUCGAUCUCGUGGAUCGAGAAAGUGGCGGUCUGACGAAUGGAAAAGGUCAGUGGAACGGGUCCACGGGCAGGCAGAUCUCCUUCAUGGACAUUUUCUCGAGUAUUUUCGACAACUCGCCUCAGACGGGCUCCCUUCCGGCGUACUCGACUUCCGACUACCAGCAAUCGAAUUAUCCGAGCGGAACGGUCGCUCUUUCGCCGGGAUUCCAGCUGAAUCUACUCGACGCCCUGUCCACGAUAUCCCGCCACGACGACUACAAGUGUGUGCCCAGGAUACUCUGCGAGAUGGCUAGCGGGAAACUUCCUGGAAGAUCGUUAGGCAAACAGGGCUCCGGCUUCUUCGAGUUCCUUGGUCGAAACGUUUUCACCGACUGGCUGGCCAAGUUCGACGUCGCUGGCUCGUCUGCGCUGUUCAACUUCGGCAGAGCUAUGAUCCUCGGCUACAGCAAUCGAGGAAAUUCAAUGGCGUGCUACGAGGCUUUCCCCAGGUGCCCCAGAGACACCAAUGGCCUGGUCUAUUAUUUGAACAACUACAACGGCGGCUUUUUCCGGCUCUUCAACAGGCUUCGAGGCGGGAAAUAUAGAACGUCCGGUAGAGUACCUGGACAACGAGUCGAUAACUACCCGAAGACCGAAGUGAGAGAGAGAAUAGUCGCCGGAAGCAUGAAAACGUACGUCCAGCACGCACCAGUCAGUGACGUGGUUCAGUUCCCAGUUGUAAAGUACCAGGAGUACCUGAAGGAGUAUCCGAGAUACGACGAAACGAGGAUCAACAACGAGAUCAUUUUCCCCGAUCAAAGAGAACCCGACGCCGAACCAACGUCGAACAGCGUGCAGAACGGAUCGCCAAAGUCGGAGUGGAGCGUCUGGCAGCAGAACGGCGUCGGAUUCUUCCCCGAGGUAAUCGUAGGGAGUAUAUGA